CCACCAUGAUCCACCGAACCAAAACGAACGGCCAACGCGCCACCUCCCCAGUCGACCAAGAUAUUCCCCUCGAGAAUGCCUACGAAGAAUCUCGGAGGCAAAAUAUCUUGCAGAAUAAGAUAAUUGCAGCCAAGCUCGGCAUACUGUGGAAUGGGACAAAAUCACCGCACCCCAAGUCGUUGCCGAGAUUUUUCACCCGUGUGAUGUGCCGCCAAAAGGACGAUUCCGUGGGGCAGCUGCUGAAGAAGCAGCUAGCCACUGCUCAUGUUCCUAACAAAGACAGUGAGCGCGCCAGUGAUGCAGACAUUGGUAGAAAGGAGGCGGGAUUUGGUCCUAUUGUUCUAGCAAGCAAUCAUUUGAGGGGCCGCCUAGGAUCAGCACAUCUGGAUCCUCCUGAGCUCAACAUUAAGGAGAAGCAAGUGACUGCUCAUGUCCCUGCCAAGCAGCAUUGUAGCACGAGAUGUCCGGAGUUCCGGUGA